GUCCCAUGUUUGCUUCCCUUGGCUGCCUGCCUGUCUGUCUUUCUCUUUUCGAGCUUUUCUUUCUCUCUCUGCCUCCUCAGGGCAGAAGUAUCUGCGCCACAGUACCAAAGUGUUGGACACUCAGGUGCUGAUCAGUCCAUCUCAGGAGCAGGUUCAUUCUGAGGUGUUUGCUCUGCUGUCCAGGGAAUCGGCUCAUAAGCUGCUGAUCUUGACUGGCCAGAGUGUAGAGGAAAGUGGAGAUCUUUUGUUUCACCGAGGACUGUUCUCACCAAACCAGCUGAAACUAAUACUAACAAAGCAGUUCAUAGAUCAAGAGAGCUCUGCCUCCGCAAAGCUCAGCCUGACUCUCAGCUGUCCCAACAUCGGCCAGUGGAGGAAGACUCUUUUGGGAAACCAGCCUCUGCAGGGUCCUUUCACCCUCCACAUCAAUCCCCCAGAGGUGCUGCCUGCCAUGGAGGCCCUGGGGGAAUUCACCUCCAUCAUCUCUGGCACCCUUUGCCCACAAUCUCCCUUCGAGCUCCUGCCUCCUCCUACCACCGUGGGUUUCCUCAAGCUGUCCCGCCCUUGCUGCUAUGUGUUCCCUGCUGGCCGUGGUGACUGUGCCUUCUUCGCCGUUAAUGGGUUCACGAUGCUGGUGGAUGGUGGUUCGGACUCUCAGGCGUGUUUCUGGAAGCUGGUCCGCCACCUUGACCGAGUGGAUGCGGUUUUGUUGACACACAUUGGGACAGAGAACCUCCUUGGAGUCAACACCUUCUUGGAGAGGAAGGUGGCUGAGUUGGAGUUGCUCUCUGAUGUCAAAGAUGACUCAUCUAAGAGGCUGAUAUCCCCAGAGCUUGGAGUUGUGUUCUUUAAUGCCCCCAGCAGGUUGCAGGGGGAACAGCAACCUUGUGUGGAUAACGUACUGAAGAGCACACAGCAGGCAGCCCUAACCCUACAGUUGUUAAAGAAGUUAGAAAUCAGACCGCAGCCAUUGUUUCGACCGCAGGGGGCCCCCAUUGAGCCGCUAACCCUGUUCCAAAAGAUGGGAGUGGGACAGUUGGAUUUAUACAUCCUCAACCCAGGCAAAAAUGGCCAGGAGUACCAGACAUUCAUGCAAAACUGGCCUGACACAGUGUCAUCAGCAUCUAAAUCCAAUACUCUUCCCCUCACAGCCCUCACCUCAGUGUCAGCGUUGCUUGUGUGGCACCCAGCAUGCCCCCAGGAGAAGGUGGUUAGGGUGCUGUUCCCUGGUAUUACCCCACAGGCAAAACUGCUGCAGGGGCUGGAGAAGCUGAAGACCCUGGCCUUCCUCCAGAAACCCGCAGUGACCACUGGGGACCUGGAGAGGCUGGGGGAAGACAGAAAGGCUAAAAGGACAGAGAGUCAGGACAGUAGCAGGUCACAAGGGAAGGAAGCAACUACCAAACAAGGGAAAGAACGAGGAGUUAGAGAAGAGGUGCUGGUGAAGGAAAAAGGAAAAGUUUUAAAUGGAGUUGAUUUAAGAGAUGUUGAUAAAACCAAAAUCAAAGAGACAGGUGUAAAGCAAAAAGCAACACUGUCAGAGAAGAAUACUUCAAAGAAAGGAGGUGGUAAGGAUGAAAAAAAAGAGAGGAAGACUGGCAACAGAGAGGAGAAUGGUGUUACGAAGAAUGAUCAGGGGAAAAAGGAUGCUGUCCCUUCCAAACCAAAGAAUGAAAAUAAAACUAAGCUCAAAAAGGAAGCAAAAAAUGACUCUAAAACAGGGGUGAAGAAAAUAAAGACACCAUCUGGAAAGGAGGCAAAUGAUAGCAAGAAGGCACAUGUAAAGACAGAAUUGCCAAGUAACUCAGCAAAACCAGAUGCUGGCACUGCAUUAGAAAUCCCAGAACCAGAGGGCCCUGAUAGGGAGCAGCAGAAUCAAAAACUGGAGAAAGAGCCUGAAGAGAUACCCUGUGGAUCCAAAACGUCUACCCCUGAGGAUAUGACUGAUGAUUUUCUCAGGCUCCAGGAGGAAACAGGAGGAGAAAAGACACAGGUGGAAACAGCAGAUAAAGGAAAGCAGAAAAGCAGUGAGUCAGGAAAUGAAAAAAGCCUGGGAGGUUUGAGCAAAGAAACAAGUAAUGAGGCUGCUGAUACAGCAGCUGAAGAGGCAACAGGUGGCGAAGGGAUAACUAGAGAGGAGAGUGGUGAUAAUGGAGUGCAAGAGAGUGCCCAAACUGGAGAGAAAGCUGGAACUGCUAGCAAACCAGCAAAGGUUGUAGGCUUUCCCUCUCCUCUGGACAAGGCACCAAAGAGCGAUCGCACUGUCCAGUUAGACUUGACCCCAACUGAGUACACUCUCCUGGAUGGGGCUUUGAGAAACAGCCCUCCCUCGCGAUCAUCUCCAGAGAACCAGGCCCCCGUCAGCCUUGAGGAGGAGACCGUGGAGCCUGCCUCCCCUGACUCACGCCCCAACAGCGCAGGCCAUACUCCCUACUGUCUGUCCCCGGAUGAUGUGUGGUGUAACAGGGCUACACUCAGCAGGUUACAGGCCCAGAUGGGCGACUUAGAGUCAACUGAUGUCAACCAGGCAAAUGAAUCAUCCAGGCAAAGUGAGGGGCAGCAGGGCCAGCCCAAAAGUGCUCAAGAGAGCCACACAAACCCCAGAGAGAAGCACCUGAGUUUCCUUUCUCUGGGUUCAUUAAAAGAAGGAGCCUCUGACCCCUCUCCCUCUGUGGCCACCACCACCACUACACACUCAAUGCCAGCAGAGGUGAGCUCGCCUCAGUCCACAGAAGUAGAUGAAUCCCUAUCCAUGUCCUUUGAGCAAGGACCCACAACUGUGAGCCAGAGAGAGUCUGAUGAUGGUAUUCAUCACUCCAACGGAAGCCAUUUUGUGGGGAUGUCUUUACCAAUGAAGAAGCCUCCUAGAUCUUUAGGUCCAGAGAUGGGGCGGCCUCCAGCUCCUAACACCCUCCAUUUUGAGGGGUCAGCUCAUGACGUGGACCUAUGUCUGGUUUCCCCCUGUGAGUUCAAGCAUUUCAAAGUGCCCGACUGCAGCUCAGGUGCCAGCGAGCCCUCUAAAGGAGCCUUCGGUGCACAGCAUCACGGCAAUAACAAUAACCCCAGGGACAUAUCACCCAGUGAAUCAAAUGCCCCUGUCUGCAUGGAGGACUGCCCGUCAACCACAGCGGAUGGAGCUCUGGAUUCGGAUGAGGACGAGUCGUGCAGUGAGCCGACUAACUCCCCUCACGAUCUCCAUGGCAGUCAGACUCUGCCCCCGGACCCUCUUCCAGCCCCCCUCAGGGACAGUCCACCCCUGCCUCCACAUCCUGACGCCUCCAUGCCUGUUCCUCAGUCUGACACUGAUGCUCAUGGAAAGAAAGCAAAAGCCACUGGCAUGCGAGGGAAGAAAACACCAGGGAUUUCUGAGGGCUCCCAAAGACCAGGCUCAGGGAAAACCAGGACAAGUGGAGUCACAAAGGCAACCAAGGAUAAUGUUGCAUCUACACGUACGCCUUCCUCCAGCACCCGCUCAGCACCAGCAAAAUCAUCUCCCAAUACAGGCUCGAAGUCUACCGCUGCUGGAGAAUUCAGUAUGUUCGUGGACCUGGCCUAUAUUCCCUCUGGAGCCUCCUCUUCCACAGUCAGUGUGGACUUCUUCAGAUGUGUUCGAUCCUCUUGUUACAUCAUCAGCGGUGACAGUCCGGAGAGGGAGGAGCUUAUGAGGCAUACGCUGGACGCACUACUGGAUGGGAAGAUAUCCUGGUCUGACCCUAUGCAGGUGACAGUGAUCCCUACUUUUGAGUCCGUGUCCAUGCAGGAGUGGUACCAGCAGACUCUGGACAGACAGAAGGAGCUGGGCAUCACCGUCCUGGGAUCCAACAGCACUGUCGCCAUGCAGGACGAGACCUUUCCUGCCUGCAAGAUAGAGUUCUAAAGGCCGAGGAGAUGAGGAAUCUAAUACUAGGAGAUGGAGAGUGAGGCUGAAUAUUUGCUAAAUGAGGAAAAUGUGAGUGUGAGAGAAAGAAAAAGAAAGAGUUGAGAGCUGAGGGAGAGACAGAGAUAGAGUUUAAAACAGAGUAAAGGGGAUCAUGGGGUCCCGUAACUGAGUCAGCAAUGACAUCGGGCCCUCAACCAAUCCCUCCUGGUUUAUUACGUCUUUGUGGAUUACUUUUGCACUAAAAAGCCCUUAUUUCUCUCUUCAUCCUAACACCCAGUUUUUCAAGGAAAACACACAUCCCUGUGGAGAGUAUUGCAUGUAUUCUUUGACCCAUGACCCUGUGCAGAGCAGGAGAGGAGAACACACCAGUUGCAAGAGAAGCCUGUUGGGCUGCGAGAAUGUAGAUCCACAUGAAAGCUGAUGUUGUAGAUUAGUCAGAAUAGUUAGCAUACACGGGGCACUAUGUGUAGGCUUGAUUUCUUAAUGCAUUCAGCACUGAAGUGUGAUAGUAGUCUGUGUUUCUGGGCACAUUUUGCUGCUUUUAAUGCAACAUUUACAAGUCCGCUUGAGAGGAAUUUAAAGAUUAUCCAGCAAAUCAAACCACUACUACGGAUUUCACCUAACAGCAAACCUGUGUAAGCUUUUGUUAGUGAGAGCAUUGCAUUUCUCUUAGUUCAUAAAAUUAUACUUUUCUGAUCAGAAAAUGUCUGUAUUGUAAAAAGAAAGUCUUGCAUUGUACUUUCAAUUAAAUCACAUUCACAGUGUACAGUCAGGUGUGUGUAGUGAACACUGUAAGCAGACAUGAGGUGAACUGUGCUGUGUGUUGUACCUGCUUUAAAAAAAAAGUAUUGUGCCACUGUGGCUUCACUGUAAACCUUGAGAUCUAUGCUGAGCAAACAGACUCUCAGAAACACUUUGACCUAACGUGAUUGUCUGCCGUGAAUGAGCGAUAAUCUGAGAUUGCUUAAUCUGAGUGUGCAAAGACAAAUCUGUCAACAGGGAUUAGAGUGCCAGAUUAAAUUUAAUAGCAUUACAGCAAUCAUCCUAUUAAAGGCGGUACUGUAAUUGUAAUCUAUUACAAGCGCUUCAAAUCAUACUAAUCAGGAACUGGACAGCAAAUGCUUUCGUGGAAAUGCCUGUUAUUUUUUAUGUUAAAGGUGAUGACAUGUAUUUUGAUUGGCGAUAUACUGUAACUAUACAGUAUAUUGUGGACAAAUAUUUUGCACAGCAUGAAUUGAUGGUUUAGUCACAGUAAUGGCAGCUUUUCAAGGUUUAGUCUGUAAAUAAGAAAGAAACUAUUGAAAUCUGAUUCUAUUUAUAUUUGAAGGCAAAGUAAUCAUGAAAAUGAAAGUCAUCAAUUAUCACACCACUGAACUGGUGUAAUUAAAUGCACUACAGUACACUGUAACACUUUAUUUUACAGGUUCAUAACUUCCUAGAAAUUUUAAUGGAAUAAACUGUCAUUUGGUUAAUUCCAAUUAAUUUCUAGCAUAUAAUUUAGAAUGUACAAAGUCAGCUGGACAUGCAAAAAUGUCAAAUUUGUUCAUAAAGGUAAGCAUACAACUUUUUUUUCAAUGUCUUUUAAUAAUAAAUGAAUAAUGAAUUAAUAUUUACUUUCUUUCAAGAUAAUUCACAUUUAUUUAUACUCUCAACACAACUAGAAAAAGCUCAGAAACUCAGAACCUCGCUUCUGUUUUUCUUGACAUUAAUACCAAGUAACAGAUUUUUCCUCAACUUUAUAGGAAAUGUUUAGGAAAUUACAGACCUGUAAAAUAAAGCAGUACUCUGUACACUUAAAAUGCAAUUUCAAGUGAGUAAAUGGAAAUUUGUAAUGUAAUGAAUUGCCUUGAAGCCUCUCCAGGCCUGCCUGUCAAUUGUUUUUCCUUACAUUUCCUUUCACCCCACUCUGGAUGUCCAAGAAUGGCUUGUCAUAUUCUGGUGAGAUAAAUGUUUUGCCUUUUAAAGGAUUAAUUCACACAAAUGUGAAGCUGGCAUACAGAAUUCCUUCAGUACCAAAGCAUGAGAGCACAAAGACACCACUGUCCAUAUUCCUCUCCUUCUGAAUGCUGCCUCCAAAUACAGAAAAUAAAAUGUAAUGUGUCGUUUUAAUUCAGUAUCUCUAAAUGAUCUGAAAGAUAUUUUGUAAUGGUAUAAAUGCACUGUUAAAGUUUCAUCGUGGAAUUGUACUUUCCUGGAGAAGGAUGCUAAUUAGUUUUAUUUUGUGUAAUCAUCUCUUUUUUUGUCACUUUCUGUCUUUUUUCAGCAAAAUUCUCCCAGGUAAAAUUUUUAAAUUGGAAUUGGGGGGGUUGAACUAGAUUUGUAACCAUGGGCAACAAUGACUUGAACCCCAAAAUAGCCAAGUGAACUGUAACUGUGUGUACGUGUCCCGCAUGUAUAAAAUAUGUACUGUAUGUCGUUUCAUUCAUGAUAUUCAUGAAGACAGAGAGCAAAAGCAUUGUGAGAGAGUGGAGGCAGAGCAGCGUGGUCGGAUGAAAACCGUUCACUUUGUAAUUGUCUGUGAGUACAUGCAGUACCAAUGUCAAAAUGUGUGGGGUUGUGGAGCUGGGAGUAAUGUAUGAAUAAAGAAUGUGCAUCACCAUU